CCGCCGCCCGCGACCGCCGCCGCCGCCGCGCCUGCUGCUCCUCGCCGUCCCCGCUGCAGUGCGAAGGGCUCGAAGAUGGCCGGUUGGCAGAGCUACGUGGAUAACCUGAUGUGCGAUGGCUGCUGCCAGGAGGCCGCCAUUGUCGGCUACUGCGACGCCAAAUACGUCUGGGCAGCCACAGCCGGGGGCGUCUUCCAGAGCAUUACGCCAGUAGAAAUAGAUAUGAUUGUAGGAAAAGACCGGGAAGGUUUCUUUACCAAUGGUUUGACUCUUGGCGCAAAGAAGUGCUCAGUGAUCAGAGAUAGCCUAUACGUGGAUGGUGACUGCACAAUGGACAUCCGGACAAAGAGUCAAGGUGGGGAGCCAACAUACAACGUUGCCGUCGGCAGAGCUGGUAGAGAUACAUCGAGAUGUUUACCUUUUCGAGGCUGUACAGCAGUCUACUGUAAGGGAUGUAUCAUAAUUGCAAGAAGAAAGAUUCCAUCUACCUCGCAGAAUUGUGACGAUAAAAUGAGAUAAAGGGGGGCUUCCCUGGUGGCGCAGUGGUUGCGCGUCCGCCUGCCGACGCAGGGGAACCGGGUUCGCGCCCCGGUCCGGGAGGAUCCCGCGUGCCGCGGAGCGGCUGGGCCCGUGAGCCGUGGCCGCUGAGCCUGCGCGUCCGGAGCCUGUGCUCCGCAACGGGAGAGGCCACAGCAGAGGGAGGCCCGCAUACCACCAAAAAAAAAAAAAAAAAAAAUGAGAUAAAGGGCCAAGCACAGAGGUAUUCACUAAAUGGUGUUUGUUAUUAAUAUCACUGCCUUUUAAAUUCCUUAUUGUUGAGCUGAUCACCUUUAUAAACAAAAGACAUUUAAAGGCAUUGCCUAUCCCACACUCCGGGCAACCACAUUGGGAGGCUUGUCAGAAAUAAAGCCAUUGUCUGGAUAGAUAGGCUAGAUGAACAUAACGCAAAAAAAAGAAAAUAGGGACUUCCCUCUUGGUGCAGCGGUUAAGAAUGUGCCUGCCAAUGCAGGGGACACGGUUUCGAGCCCUGGUCCAGGAAGAUCCCACAUGCCGCGUAGCAACUAAGCCCAUGAGCCACAACUACUGAGCCUGUGCACUUAGAGCCCGUGCUCUGCAACAAGAGAAGCCACCACAAGGAGAAGCCUGUACAGCUGCUCACUGCACCUAGAGAAAGUCCGUGCACAGCAACGAAGACCCAACGCAGCCAAAAAUAAAAUAAUUUUUUAAAAAAGAAAAUAAUAGUUCUAAUUGAAACAAUCCCUUUAACAUCCAUAGUCAUUUAAAAUAGCACAUUCAGGAGAAGUCCUGAAUAGAAAGCUUUAAUGAAGAUUACUAAUUUUUGUUCAGUAUCUUGAAUUUGGUUACUGUAGUAUCACCUAUCAAAUACAUUCUAUAACAAAUGCAGGGUUCUGUUAGAACCUCCUGUGUGGGAUUUGGUGAGAUUGAUUAUACCCAUCUCAAACUAUUAAAAUACUAAAGGACUCCAACAUAUCUAUAAUUAUCUGUAAUUACACAGUUGAUCCAUUUACCUGGGCUUUGAGGACAGUUUUAAUAAGCAAUUCAAUCAUGUUGAUUUCUCACACAAAUCAGACUUUCAGUCUCAGGCUUUGUGAAAAUGCCCAUUCAAAACAGAUUCCGUUAAAGUAACUGAUCAGGACCAAACUGGUCCAAAGCUGUGCCACAGCUCUAAGCCUCAUUUUAUUAAGGUAAGGAGGUUACCCUGCAUUAUCCAAGUGGGCCCAGUGUAACCACAAGGUCCUUAAAACUGUGAGGAGGAGGCAGAAAAGUUCAGAGUCAGAGGGAGAUGUGGAAGGUGUCAGGAAGAUACAGUGUUACUGGCUUUGAAGACACAAGCGGGGAGCCACAAGCCAAGGAACACGGUGGCCUCUACCAGCUGGAAAAGGCAAAGAAAUGGAUUCUGUCCCCUAGAGCCUCCAGAAAAGAAUGUUUGAUUUUAGCUCAGUGAGACCUGCCGGACUUCUAACCUACAGAACUGUAAGAUAAUAAACUUGUGUUGUUUUAAGCUGCGAAGUCUGUGGUAAUUUGUCACCACGGCAAUAGGAAAUGAAUACAAGUAGUAUUUGGGUUAGCCUUUGGGUUAGCCUACACAUGGACUUGAUGCUUUACUGUCAACCCUUUGAAUUGUUUCAAGUGAUAGAUUUAUACUGAUCUCCCGUAUUUUCUAGCCACAGCACUUACUUGGAAGAUUCAAAGGUGUGAUUUGUGGUCCUGGACCAGACUGGAGCCUAGUGCUCUGUAGAGAAGUAACCCCCGUGGCCUCGGACUUGUGAUGAAAUGGUCAAGCGUAUGUUAGAAUGCCUGGUCAUUUUAUUUAUUAGCUAUGUAACCUUGUGCAAGACACCAUCUUUAUGUUUCAGUAUUCUCAAAGGCAAGACAAAAAUAUUAACAUAGCUAUGUUUUAGGCAUGUUGUGGAUGAAAAGAGAAUCGAGUACUUCACAUGGUGUUUGGCACAUACGGCACCUCUUAGCCAGUCUCCACCUGAUAAAACUGGCUCCAGGCAUACUGGCUGAUGAAGGCUGUGUCUAGGAGGCUGCUCUCUAAUUUAACCUCAUGUGCUUGUUAGUGGCGAAGAUCUAGUGGCAAUGGUCAGUGAACCUGCUGGCUGCACUUAGGGUAAUUAAGUAAUUUAAGUAAGCAGCAGCCCUCGAACUGUGAGUGUAAAAGACUUUCGCUUUUAUUUGAAAGGUUGGCAGACACUUAAUAAAGCUAGCUCCCCUAACCCCUCUCCAGCCAAAAUGUGAUUAAAUGAGGUAUGGGUGAGAAAUCUAAAAGACUAGACAAACUUACGUAUCAAUAAAAAGCAAGAAUGAAAGCAGAAUCAAAUUUUUGUCCCAUUUUAAAAUACACAAAACUCAAAAUGGUAGAAAGUGCAUCAUGUAACAUGACAACUUGGAAAUCCAGUCUUCAAUAGACUCAUAUUCAAGACAAUGGCCCAACAUCAAACAAUUGUUAAGUGGUUUUAUAUUUAAGUUAAGAACAAAUUUAAGGCAUUUAAAUAUCUUUAAAAAUAAUUUUCAAAUUUAGCAGAUUUUUUAAAUUAACCAAUUUGUCCAGUGGUUCUGGUAGCGUAAGAUAAAGCGGCUAUAACAAGUGCUAAUAGAUGUUAGUUUUGUUACUAUCAUCACCAUGCUAGAAAGUUCUGUUGCUUAUUAUAAACCAGUGGCUCUCAAAUGGGGAGGAUUUUGCCCCCCCAGGGACAGUUGGUGAUAUCUGGAGACAUUUUUGGUUCUCACAACUGGGAGUUGGUACUGCUGGCAUCUGGUAAGCCAGGGAUGCUAUUAAAUACCCUAUAAUGCUCUAGACAGCCCCUCAAACAAAGAAUUUUCCCAUAUAAAAUGCCAUUAGUGAUUAGCUUGAGAUAACCUGAUAUAAAAACCCCUUCCAGGCUUUCUCAAACAAAGACUUAGCUAAUUCACUAGGGGACAGAUGUUCAGAAGCUGCAGGAAGGGUUAGAUUCAUGUCUGUUAUGUGCAACAGUAUGGAAAUGCUUCUAUCUGGAAUGUUAUUCAUAUUAUUGUUAUUUGUAUACUGUUUCAGAAAAUUUUCAUCAAGACACUUAAGUCUCAUCAAUCUAGGAAUGUUAUAAUAUGUAAGUGGACAGAACUUUGAUAUUCCCCUGUAAACCUGCUCCUCCCUAGUUUUUCCCCCAAACCUUGGGUCAUCAGAUACAGCAAAGGCACUGACCCAUCAGAAUAGGAAGCACACAAGACUUCAGGCAGGCGCUGCAGUAGCAUGAACUGAUUAUCAGGCCUGGGCAUGUCUUUGAUGCUUCUUUCCCUUAAGAGCUUACAUUCAGCGUCACCAAGUCCUGUAAACUUUUAUCUGUAAAACAUCCUCAAUCUGUCCCCUUUUCUCUUGUUUCCUCAAUUACGCUGGUCCAGUAGCCUGGAUUACUAAGAGCCUCUUCUGUUCCUACCCUUCUAUUCCUGCCCCAUAUGGUUUUUCUCCAUAGCAGCCAGGGUGAUUUUUUUAAAAACUUCAAUCACAUCACAUCAGUCCUACUUAAAUGGUCCCCCAUCUCACUUAGAAUAAAAUCUGGGCUCCUUGUCAUGGCCUUCAUAUAGCUGAAUAUGACCUGAUAUUGAGAUCACCCAUCUCAUCGCACACCACUCUUCCCCUUCACCCAUGCUUCAGCCACACUGGCUUGCUUUCAGUCCUGAACAAACUAAUAUGAGAGUCAGGUGUGCACGUGCAUUUAGCCAUGUUAUGACAAAAAACUGCACAUAAAAAUAGGUAUAGAGAGAGAAAUCACUUGUUUCUAAACAUGACUUAAAGGAACUAGACUUCAAAAAUGAACAAAACGAAAACACAACUACUGAAUGGGAGAAUAAAUAUGUGCAAAUGUUAUGAGUGAUAAGGGACUGAUAUCCAAAAUAUAUAAACAGCUCAUAUAACUCAGCAUCAAAAAAACAACAUGAUGAAAAAAAAUGGGCAGAAGACCUGAACAGACGUUUUUCCAAAGAAGACAUACAGAUGACCAACAGGCACAUGAAAAGAUGCUCAGUAUCGCUAAU